CCAGUGCUGCAGUCCAGAAUGUUUUUCCGCGUCCGCAGCUCUGCUGAGUUGUCACCCUCCGGAGCGCAGCAACAACAGAGAGAAGAAAGAAAGGAAGGAAGGAGAAAAGAUUGUUUUGCAGAGAUCACAGUCUUUUGGCCAGCUAUAUUUGUAGGAUCUUGCACAAUAUGAGAAGAGGUUGAUGCUUUCCUGGCAGUACAACACCUGCGAUCACUGACUGUUUAAAAGCCUUUUAUUGGGGCUAAUCAAUUUUAACAGGAUGCUGCGGUUCAUAGAUGUUUUUGUGGCGUAUUCUGGGAGCUUUUUCAAAGAACUAACCUGUCUCGUCUGAUUUGACCUGUGUCCAGAAUUGGGAACGGAGAGGAAAGCGUUUUUUGUGUCUGCAUGGAAUGAAAACGGAAUUUAAAUUGGGAUUGAGGUGUUUUGACAAUGACAGUUUCUGUACGGCUACUAAAUCACAGUGUGGGUCUCUUUCUGGUCCUGUGAGGGGACAAUGCAGUCCAUGGUGUAUGUUUUGAAUCAAUAGAUUGUUUGUUUGGUUUUACUAUUAUGUGCAUGUGUCUGCCAGCAGACCUCUAACGGGUCCAUAAGACUUGUGUUUUGGCAGUGUCCUUCAGGACACACAAUCAUCCUUGUCAGAAUCGGAGGUAAAUAGAGAGACAUUCAAUAUAAUUACUCUGUGCUGCCAUACACACUUGGACUUGUUCAGAUGUACUCGGGGGAACGUUGUUUUCGCUUGAGUGAGAGUACAGCGUGUUCAGUUUGCCUCCUUGACUCUUAGUAGGUCAGUAGGUAUAUUCCACACAAUUUUUUUUUUUUUUUUUUUUUGCAUUAAUGAGAUUCUUAAGAUUUUGAUUUUAUGCUAUCUACAUGUGAAUGAAGAGAAUGCUUGUUUAUGUUGAGCAUUACUUCAAGUUGAUUUUUGGAUACUGAAGCUUGAGCUGAAGCUAGUCUAGCCUAAUUUUCUCUGACAGGGCAAACGUUCUCAAAACAUUUUGACUGGGGUAUUAUUGUAUUGGGGUGAUGUUGUGCCCGGCCUCCUGUUUCCCUCUCCUGAGGGAUUUGUCCCAGUUGCGGUGCCUGCUUGGUUGGCCGCGGCAACGGGGUGUUUGUGUCACGGGCACAAAUCGACCAGUUUGUCAUACCAAGCCACUUCCAGGGAGCAAGUAUGCCUCGGCUGGAUGUCUGCUGUCCCUUCACCACAGCGAGAAGCCAGAACAUGAAGAAGUGUGUGAGUUUCGCCCGUACACCUGCCCAUGCCCGGGGGCCUCCUGUAAAUGGCAGGGCUCCCUGGAGGCCGUCAUGCCACAUCUCAUGCAUGCCCACAAAUCCAUUACCACCUUACAAGGCGAGGACAUUGUCUUUCUGGCCACAGAUAUCAACCUACCCGGGGCUGUGGACUGGGUCAUGAUGCAGUCAUGUUUUGGCCACCACUUCAUGCUGGUUCUAGAGAAGCAGGAGAAAUACGAGGGACACCAGCAGUUCUUUGCAAUCGUGCUGCUCAUUGGCACGCGAAAGCAAGCAGAGAACUUUGCUUACCGCCUCGAGUUGAACGGCAACCGUAGGCGGCUCACGUGGGAGGCCACGCCACGCUCAAUCCACGAUGGCGUAGCAGCAGCCAUCAUGAACAGUGACUGUCUUGUAUUUGAUACCUCUAUUGCCCACCUGUUUGCAGACAAUGGCAAUCUGGGUAUCAACGUGACCAUCUCCAUGUGCUGAUGUGGCAGCGUUAGGCUUUUUCCAGUAAUCCAAACCUUGGACAACCUCUGCUCCCUAUCAGACUGCAGAUUCUGAAGGCAACAGUUGGGAGAUGUAUACAUUUUGUAUAUUUCUGUUCAAGAGUCACCUGCUAAAACAACGCAGACUUUCCAUAUUCACUUGUAGGUUAUUAUGGUAGAUGGAUGUCAGGUGUUCUUUUUGAGAUAAAGAGGGGAGUGUGCAGGUGUUGGCAAUCAGUCUAAGUGCAAUUGAGAUUUUCUCUUGUACACCCCAAGGAUUCAACCUUCAGAAACUUCUGAUUACACCUACGGUAAAGUUCAGGUGUGGAUGACCACAUUUAUUGUCUGGGAUGUCCGGCCCAAAAUCCACAGGAACUUGACAAGUGAAUCUAGCUUUACAGAAUAAAAAUGCUAAAUUGGGUAACAUUUGCCUCAGAAAACCUAUGUGUACAAAAACUGCACUGACAACUUUGGUUUUCCUCUUGGGAUAUCGAGUGGAACCAUGACAAUUUAAAUGGUAAUCCUCUGAAUUUCAUGGUUGUAUAAUGGCUGUACCCAUGGUGGAGACACAGUGUGCAUGGUGGAAAUAAAAUUCACUUGCAAAAAAAUGACUACAGAACCACCAUGUUUGUAGGGCAAGAAUCUAACCUCUGUUUUGUUUGUUUGUUUGUUUGUUUGUUUGUUUGUUUUUAAACUAUAUCUGUCUUCAAUGUUGCAAGACAUAGAUGAGGACAAUUCUGAAAGUUUGUUAUUUUGUGGUCCUUUGUUAAAACUUACCCAGAGGAGAGAACUGGUUUGUAAUCAACACGGAUUCAACAUCUUCAGCUACAUGAAAUGACAGAACUACAGCCAACCUUUUCAAAUUUUCUGUUACCCAUGAUCUAAUGCCACAUAAUAAUCUUCCUAGAUAUAUUUGUACAUGAUGCUUGAUUUUUAAAUGAAUAGUUGACCUACCAUUGAUUAAAUCUGUCAACAUUUACUCACCCUCAUUUUGUUUUGUAACACUUUUUGUGGAACACCAAAGCAGAAGUUUAGCAGAAUAUCUCAGCUGUUCUCUUUCAGUACAAUGUUCGUGGAUGGGGACCAGGGGUUGCCAAACUCCAAAAAGGGCAAAAAAGCACCAUACAUGUAGUCCAUACAACUUGUGCAUUAUAUUGCAAGUCUUCUCAAGCCAUAGCUUUGUGUGAGGAGUGACUGAAACAUAAGGUGUUUUACACUGAAAACCGUGCCUUUCACUUUCAUUGUAUGAAAAAGAGCAGCUUGCACAUUUACCUAGAUGACUCCUUUUGUGUUCCAUGGGUUAGAGAAAAUAUACGCAUUUCAAACAAUGGGAAAAUGAUGACAGAAUUUUCAUUUUUAAUUAACUAUUCCUUUAAUAUAGGUGUUCCACCUUUGCGUACAUUGUCUUGUCUCCAAUGACUGUAUGUAAAAGAUUUAGCCUGCGCACAAACAACAAUCUGUUAUUUUCCCGUUGAUUAAGUGUUUGCAUUUGACUGGUUUUGUUGUCAUUGUACUUUUCUUUCUUUAUAUUCCAGGUAAUCUGUAAGAUUAAGGAAAGCUUUUGUAAAUAUAUAAACAAGUUUAGUUUUGUUGAUAUUUGUUGUUAUUGUUAAGUCUCCUUAAAAUGAAUGUUUAGUCUAGACUGAAGUUUUGUUUACUCUUUUAAAAACCCAGUAAGAUCUGAGCAAUUCCUCAUUCUCCCCUUUGGUCAAUGAACCCACAAUGCCUUACUUGUAUACAAGCUUAAUCUUUUAGAGUCUGCCUUCUUCUAGGACUCAAGUGUGUCAGGUUCAGGUCACUAUGCUCCAAACCUCCAGUGUCUUGAAAGAGACUUAAAUUUACAAAGUGGCAUUAUGAGUGGGAAGGACAUGGCACGUUCACAGGUCGUCCUACUUUGCCCCCAAAACCUGCUGCAGUAAUUAUUUCACUUAAACUUUUGAAGUAUGGAACCCAGCCUCUUAUCAAAUACCUCUGAUGACUUUGGAGAUGUCUUUGCAAGAAGAGCAUUGAUAUCCCUGAAUGUGUGUGGUUCUGUGAAGAGAUCCCAAGUUUGAUGCACAACAUGACACCCUCAGCUUUAUCUGUCUCCUAUUUCAUUCUCUCUGGAAAAAAUAAUUUAAAAAUGUAAAUUAAAUGUUUUAUAAAUCUGUUGUAGCAAA